CAAUAAUGUUACUGUAUACCCGCUAUUCUCUCUUCGCAUUCUUCUUUUUCCUUCCGGCCCUGAUAUCCGCCCAUCUCGUAGAAGUUCCUGCAGGAAAGAAAGAUUGCUACUUUGAAGACCUCCAUAAACAUGACAAGAUGACUGUGACCUAUCAGGUUGGAGAGGGUGGUCAUCUCGACAUCGACUUCUGGUUGUCCGACCCAUCUGGAACCGUUCUUGGAAAACAAAUACGGCAAUCCACCGGUUCAAUAUCUAUCACUGCUGAAAAGGAUGGUCGGCACGAGUAUUGCUUCUCCAACCAAAUGAGUGCUAUUGCCGACAAGAUGGUCAGUUUCAAUGUUCAUGGAGUGAUUUACGUCGGUGGAGAUGCGGAUGUUGUGGCGCCCAUCGAGCGCGAAAUUCGUUCACUAGCGGCUGGACUCACGUCCGUCAAAGACGAGCAGGAAUACAUCGUCGUUAGAGAGCGAACCCAUCGAAAUACGGCCGAGUCCACAAACGCUCGCGUCAAAUGGUGGUCUGUGUUGCAGGCAAUUGUCCUCUUCUCUGUGGUGGCUUGGCAGGUUUACUACCUAAAAUCCUUCUUUGAAGUAAAACGUGUAAUUUAGAUGCUAUAUAUAUGUUCCACUGUUUUAUCGAC